UUAUUAACCACAGAAAUAUAGCACUUGAGAAGUCACAAGUGUGUCAACUGGAUCUACCUACCACCUUAAUUUCGGACUUGUGAAGAACAAAGUGUCUCAAACAAACAACAACGUUAAAUAGCAUCUCUACAUUUCUUACACCUCAUCUUUCUCUCUGAACCCCUCUCACCACCUACUUCCCCUGCAUCAUCUAUCUCUAUGGCUAGUGAAACUGUUUUGGUUGAUGAAAUCCCUUACCCUUCCAAGAUCACUACUACCAAGCCUCUAUCUCUCCUUGGUCAUGGGAUUACCGACAUGGAAAUCCAUUUUCUGCAAGUAAAAUUCUAUUCAAUUGGGGUUUAUUUGGACCCUGAAGUAGUAGGUCACUUGCAACAAUGGAAAGGUAAACCUGCCAAGGAGUUGGAAAAUAAUGAUGACUUCUUUGAUGCUCUCAUAUCUGCUCCUGUGGAGAAGGUAAUUAGACUUGUGGUGAUUAAAGAGAUUAAGGGUUCUCAGUAUGGUGUUCAGAUUGAGACUGCUGUUAGGGACAGAUUGGCAGCUGAUGACAAAUAUGAGGAGGAAGAAGAAGAAGCUUUGGAAAAAGUUGUGGAAUUUUUCCAGUCUAAGUACUUCAAGAAGCAUUCAGUCAUCUCAUUUCAUUUCUUUGCAAAUUCUCCAACUGCUGAGAUUGUUGUAUCUUUGGAAGGGAAAGAAGACUCAAAAUAUGUAAUAGAGAAUGCAAAUGUGGUCGAGACCAUUAAGAAAUGGUAUCUUGCUGGCUCAAGGGCUCUGUCUCCCUCAACCAUUGCAUCUUUGGCUACUAUUCUCUCAGAGGAAUUGUCCAAGUGAAGACAAGUUCGUGUUGUGUAAUCUUUGGAAUCUAUGUUCUUUGUUGCCAUUCUGUACUAAUUAGAACUUUCUCCAAGAAUGUUUGCGGAAUUUUACUUUUUAACUUAUCGGAAUAAUAAUGUUAGUCUUGUGAGAAACCAAUCGGGUGCAAUAUAAAUAUAGUUUUACAUGAACCAAA